AUGGCUGAUCAGUGUAUCGUCUGUCUCGACCCCCUGGAGGUUGAGACCAGCGCCGCUAUCUCGACCCCGCUAGACCCUGCAGAAGAGCAGCUGCUCAAGGACCACCACGAACGCCUCGCCAUUGAAGAUGCCGAUGCACUCGCCAAACCAAACCAAGAAAACGCGCCAGAACACAUCACCCACAAAAAUGUAGCCAAAAUCGAGGUGUGCGGCCACAUGCUGCACGACGCCUGUCUUCGGGAAUGGACCGAAAAGGCAAACAGCUGCCCCAUCUGCCGCCAGACAUUCCAUACCGUCAUUGUUUAUGACAAGGUUGGAGGCAAGUACCUAUCUACUCGUAAAGUCGAGGACAAGAAGCAGGCCCCCGUGGUGCCCGAUUACGAUCCCCGAGAAUGGAUGGAGGAGAUGGUGGACCAGCCAGAAAUUCCGGGGAGGCGUUGCCCCGUCUGCAACUCGGCCGGUGACGAGGAGGUGCUCCUACUUUGCGACGGCUGCGAUGCCGCCUACCACACCCAGUGUGUAGAUCUUGACGACGUUCCGCGGGGUCCCUGGUUCUGCAUGGAGUGCGAGCACGCCCUCGGCCCAGACGUGAUGCAACCGGUAGACAAUGUCCCUAAUGGGGACGGGGGCUUCUCCGGCCGGGGCUACUACUUCCCGCGUACCCAAGCUAGCAUGCGGCGCGCGCGCCAACGAGCACGGUCCGACGAAUGGCAGGGGGCGUGGGGCCGGAUCACAGGUCGCGUCUGGGAUGCACUCGAGUUGGACCUUGACUACCAGGACGAGGAUGACUCAGCCGUGUUCGAGGGCCUGCAACGAUCUCGCCAACUACGCGAGCGGGAACGGGAGGAGCACGAGCGCUGGCAACAACGCCUUAACAUUGCGGCCCGCUUGGGUGCGAGGGACGUCUUUUUGAACAACAUGGCUCGGUGGGUGGAACGCCCCCAACCCAGCCCACCGACCCGCGAGGAACGGCUUGCCUGGGGCGCCUUGGAGAAGGCUAGGGAUAUGGAUUCGCGGAAGCGCAAAUCACGCUCCGCCACGGCUGAGCCAAACGAGGAGGAACCACACCACGAACCUGAGAGGAAGUUGAAGCGGCCUCGCACCAGGCGGUUACCACUCACGAACGGCGAAUCAUCUUCGUCUGUGGCCCGCGAUCCCGGCUCAUCAAGCCGACAGCAGCAGCAACAAAUAGAGCAACAACUACAGCAGCCACAGCAGCAGAGCAGCUCAGCAUUGAACAAUAGUGCGACUAGCGCGGGUGGCGGGCCGCCCUCAUUUUUAUCAUCAUUACUUAAAGAGGUGGAAAUGAGCACGCCGUCGGACGAAGACACUCUGUUGCAAAUGUUUGGGCCGAUUCCGGGUGUUAAUGACGCCCCAUCGCCCGCGCAUAGCCAUGGCUCGAUCACGCCGCCACCCAACCGUGCCAGCUCCCCAGUCAUGACGCUGAGUUCGCACAUCGCACCCCUUUACGCCGCGCCGUCUUAUACCCCGACAAGAGGGUUAUCAUUGGACACAGCGGAGCAAUCACGAUCAUCGUCACCCCAGCGAGCAAGCCGCCGAGAGCCCCAGUCUUCGCCUGACAACAGCGACUCGGAGCACCGGGGCCGUAGACAGCACUCGUCUCGUCGGCACGGCGCGCUGGAGCUCCGGCAACCGCAGCCUCGACGGACGCACAACAGUAUCCUGCCGUCCCGGUCGAGCAACACAUCACCCGCGCGACCCCUGCCCUUUGAGAUGAAGGAGAACAUUAGUAAAAUUGUGCGAGGCGCGCUAAAACCGCACUGGCGUUCCAAGCAGCUAACGGCGGAGCAAUACGAAACCAUCAACCGCGACAUCUCUCGCAAGAUCUACGAUGAAGUCAAAAACCCGGAAAUCAACGAGGACAUGCAACAAAGCUGGGAGAGGCUGGCGACGCAGGAGGUUGCACGUGCCGUCGCUUCUCUCAAGGCCUAG